AUGGCCGCCCUUGUGAAUGGAAGCUUUGCAUCGCCAAUUGCAAGCGCAGACUACACUGCUCUCAGCCCAGCAGAGGGAGGACUCCUGUCAAGAGUGUACAAUGGCAUGAGCGGACUCAGUGUCACAGUCACCCUGCUGUUGAUACUUGUCGCAUAUGAUCAAUUCAAAUAUGUCUGGAACAAGGGAUCAAUUGUUGGACCGUCGUGGAAAAUACCCUUCAUUGGGCCGUUCCUGCAAUCCGUCAAUCCAAAGAUGGACGAAUAUAAGGCAAAGUGGGCGAGUGGAGACUUGAGCUGCGUUUCCGUCUUCCAUAAGUUUGUGGUCAUGGCAUCGUCUCGGGAUAUGGCGCGAAAGGUCUUCAAUUCACCUACGUUCGUCAAGCCUUGCGUGGUAGACGUAGCAAUCAAGCUGCUCCGGCCUACAAAUUGGGUGUUCCUGGAUGGCAAGGCACACAUCGACUAUCGCAAAGGUUUGAACGGCUUGUUCACCCGCCAGGCAUUGGAGGCAUAUCUGCCAGGUCAAGAGGAGGUCUAUGACAGAUACUUCGCGAGGACUCUGGAGAUAUCGGAACAAGGAGAUAAGGAGAAGGGUGUUCCCUUCAUGCCAUUUUUCCGAGAGCUCAUGUGCGCCGUAUCCUGCCGGACCUUCGUUGGCCACUACCUGUCCGAAAAUGCAGUGAAGAAGAUUGCAGACGAUUAUUGGAUGAUAACCGCGGCCCUUGAACUUGUCAACUUUCCAAUCAUCCUUCCUUUCACCAAGACGUGGUAUGGGAAGAAGGCGGCGGACAUGGUCCUUGACGAAUUCGCCAACUGCGCCGCAAAGAGCAAAGCACGCAUGGCCGUCGGCGGUGACAUCACUUGCAUCAUGGACGCCUGGGUAAAGUCUAUGAUCGAUUCCACUAAAUAUAAUGAGAAAAUUGCCAAGGGGAUUGCGGUCGACCCGGAAGAGAAACCUGCCACCCUCGUCCGCGACUUUUCCGACUUUGAGAUCUCCCAAACUGUCUUCACAUUUCUUUUUGCCUCGCAAGAUGCGACCAGCAGCGCCUGCACCUGGCUCUUCCAAAUCAUGGCCGACAGACCCGAGAUUCUCGACCGCGUACGCGCAGAGAAUCUUGCAGCCCGCAACGGUGACAAGGAUGUUCGCUUCAGCAUGGACUUACUCGAAAACCUCCCUUAUACCCGCGCUGUUGUGAAAGAACUCCUACGGUAUCGGCCGCCAGUUAUCAUGGUGCCCUACGUUGUCAAGAAGCCCUUCCCUGUCACAGAUAGCUAUACCGCGCCUAAAGGUUCCAUGAUAAUACCGAGCUGCUGGCCCGCACUACAUGACCCAGAAGUCUACCCAAAUCCUGAUUCAUACGAUCCCGAGAGAUGGAUCAGUGGGGAUGCGGAGAGCAAGAGUAAGAACUGGUUAGUGUUUGGUACUGGUCCACAUUACUGUCUGGGACAGACGUAUGCACAAUUGAAUUUGAUCGGUAUGAUUGGAAAGGCCAGUCUGUGCCUAGACUGGUCGCAUAAGCCUACCGAGAAGAGUGAAGAUAUCGAGGUUUUCGCCACGAUAUUCCCACAGGAUCACUGCCCGUUGGUUUUCUCAAAGCGAUCAUGA